CCGUUCCGGGAUUAUGGGGUUGAUUAAAAGCUUCAUCCCAACGAUCCCGGAAUUCCCGUGGGAUCGGUGUGGCCGCCGGAAUGUUCCCUUGGGAGAGCCCAUUCCAGGGAUUCCCAACCUUCUUGAGGAGCGGGAAGCCGAAGGAAAAAAGAGAGGAGCAGGAUGAGGUCGGGCUGGCUGUCCCCUGGGGGCGUGGGGACACGCGUGACGCCGGGCGGGUGGCACCAGCGGGGUUCCUGUUCCCCCGCUGGCACGGGGCAGGAAGCGGAGGCACCACCGUCCUUGUCCCCGACGUGUCCCCAAGGCCAUGCCCGACAGCCCCGACCUGUACGAGACCCUGGAGAUCCGGUACCCGCCCCCCCGGGCCCCCGGGGACCCCCGGCCGGCCCUGCCGCCGCCACCGGCGCGGUCCCCGCGGUGUCCCGGGUGUCGCCGGGCGCUGGGCACGGCCGCGCUGCUGCUGCUGGCGGUGGCGCUGGCGGCGCUGGGCACCCUCUACGUGCAGGGCCGGGGGGAGCUGCGGGCGGCGCGGGCGGAGCUGGCAGCGGCCACCGACCCCCUGGGACCCGACAGUGACGGUGACAGCCCCUCAGCGGCGCAGCGGCGGCAGGACCGGCUCGGCCGGUGGCUGCAGGGGCUGGCGCUGGGCUGGCGCUACCACCGGGGUAAGAUUUACCUGUUCUCGGGCCAGCGGCAGCCCUGGGCCGCGGCCGAGGCCGCCUGCGCGGUGACACACGCGCACCUGGCCUCUGUCACCAGCGCCGAGGAGCAGGCCUACCUGGCCCGCGAGGCCCGUGGUGGCACCUACUGGAUCGGGCUGGCGGCCACGGGCCCGGGGGGCUCCUGGCGCUGGGCGGACGGGACCCCCUAUUCCCCGGAGCACAGUUUCUGGGCUCCGGGCCAGCCGGACAGCACCGACCACGGCCGCUGGGGAGGGGAGAGCUGCGCCCAGAUCCACCCGGUGGGCGCGGGGCUCUGGAACGACCACAACUGCAACUUCAGCUUCCCCUGGGUGUGCCAGAGGGAGCUCAGCGCCCCCUGAU